GGUGAACUCCGAUCGGUGCGCUCAGUGCUCGGUUGCUAGGCGCUGGCUGUCCUGACAAUGAAUGGCUGCUGCAAGCAUUGAGAGACACUGGGGACAAUUUGCAAGAAAACCAAUUCAAGGGAGAAACCGCCAUUUACACUACAUAAAGGGCGAGUGCUAUUUGGUUGCAAUAUACAAGUUCUAUGCUACGAAACGACCAGUUCAAAACUUACUUUCUCUGCAAGGUGAGACUGCUUUUUCCCAAACAUUUACCUGACCUGAGGGCAAAGACUAGAUUCAUGCUAACCUCAAUAUCCAAAUAUUAAAAGAAAUUAAAUCUGUUACUGGACCAGCAAUCUUAAAACCUGGACUAAUAUUCUGAGACCGUGAGCUGCAAUCCCAUCACGGCAGCAGAUACUGCAGUGUGCUGAGUGGACACCAUGGCUCAGACCCUGCAAAUGGAGAUUCCGAACUUUGGGAAUAAUAUCCUGGAAUCUCUGAAUGACCAGCGACUCCAGGGCUUGUACUGUGAUGUUUCCAUCGUCGUCAAAGGACAGGCUUUCAAGGCACAUCGUGCAGUCCUGGCAGCAAGCAGUAGCUACUUCCGUGACCUGUUCAGCUCCAACAACUGCACGAGCUUCGAGCUUCCCACAGCUGUCCAACCACAGUCUUUCCAGCAGAUCCUGGCAUUCUGUUACACCGGCAGACUCAGCAUGAACAUGGGUGACCAGUUCCUCCUGAUGUAUACAGCCGGCUUCCUCCAGAUCCAGCAGAUAAUGGACCAGGAGACCGAGUUCUGCCUGAAGGUCAGCUCACCGCGGUGUGACUCGCAGGGCCUCCACACAGAGGAGACACCCUCGGAGCCCCCAAGUCCUGCCCAGGCCUCGCGCUCACUGGCAGCCACCCCUCUCUCGCUGGUGUCGCGUGUCAAAACGGAGCAAGCUGACUUGGACACUGUGCAGUUCACCCCCAUCGGCAAGCGUCUGUGGGAGAGUGGCCAGCGGGAAGGGAAUGGGGGGGCAGCCUCCAAACUGGCUCGGGUUUCCCACGGUGCCCCUGCGAGCCGGCACCAGGUAUGUGCAGCGGGAGCACAGGGCAGCUCAGACCGCACCAGUCCUGGCAUGUCCAGUGCGUAUACCAGUGACAGUCCCAACUCCUACCAGAAUGAAGAGGAUGAGGAAGAAGAAGCUUGUGGUGAGGAUAUGACAGAGGAGCACUACAGGCAGAUCUGUAACAUGUACACUAUGUACAGCAUGAUGAAUUUUGGGCCACCAGCAACUGAGCGGGUUGAUGCCCUGCCUGAUCACUUGACCACAGAUGCCCGUUCCAGGGUGCGGAUGAGGAGAGACCUGGCGGCCUUGCCAGCUGAGCUGAUCACCCAGAUUGGUAACCGAUGUCACCCCAAGCUUUACGCAGAGGGGGAUCCCACUGAAAAGCUGGAACUUGUUACAGGAACUAGUGUCUUUAUCACUCGAGCCCAAUUAAUGAACUGCCACGUCUGUGCAGGAACACGUCACAAAGUCCUCCUUCGAAGGCUGCUGGCAUCCUUCUUUGACCGGAACACACUGGCAAAUAGCUGUGGCACUGGGAUUCGCUCGUCCACAAAUGACCCAAGCAGGAAACCUUUGGAUAGUCGGGUCCUUAAUGCCGUGAAAAUCUACUGCCAGAAUUUCGCCCCCAACUUUAAAGAGAGUGAGAUGAAUGCCAUUGCGGCAGACAUGUGCACCAACGCUCGCCGGGUGGUCCGUAAGAGCUGGAUUCCCAAACCGAAGCUGCUGAUGGUAGAUGGAGAUGCUUACCACUCCUUUAUCUCGGACACUACAGGCGUCAACCUCGAUUCAGACGUACUGAGUGCAGAACAAGCCUUCGACACUGCUAGUCAUGAUGGAGAGGCAGGGUCUUCCCUGGAAUCUGCUCCAUAAUGGAAGGAAGGGUCAAAAUCCAGGGUUCAGUCUAGAAUGACCCACAAGUUCCAGAACACACACAAACUUGACCAUCUUGUGCACACAAAUACUGUUUAGAGGUACAGAUACAAAAAAACUAUUUAUUCUGCAUUGGUGAGCACUACGAUAUGAAAGAAUCUGUCUGUGCAGCAGUGGGCUUGUUGGGGGGUGCAGUUAGGGGUUGGGGAUGAUUGUAAAGAGUUAGGGAUUGCAUAGGCCAUAGGCUGUGGGUAACUAGGGCAGAUAUUAAAUUAAUGUGCCAACUGUCCGAGGACUCGGCCUAGAUUGAACCCUGAACACUUGCAGCCUAGAUUAAUCAGUUAGGUUUGACCAGCCUAUCUGAAAUGGAGACUGUUACAUUUCUAACUCCCAAAAUGAUUUCCUUCAUUCCUGACCAUCCUUCCCUCUGUGUCUAAAAUCUUGAAAAUGAUACCAUUCUGUUUUCGCUGGGGAGUGUGUGGGAGGGACGUGAAACCUGGAGUUGACACAAGGUUUGUAUCUCUCUCUGAGCAUCUGGCUUUUUGUUUCACUAUAUCAACACUACAAUAUUAUUUAAUAAUUGUCAUAUAAGCUACAGUUUGAAGGUUUUUAUUACCUGCUCUUUUUAACCGCAAUAAUGUUAAACCUUUUGAGGACUGUUGGUAGUGCUGCUUACUAGAAACAGUCUGUGCUGAUGUAUAAGGGCAGAUUUCACUCAGAGAUUGUUCCCAGUUUACUGAAAUUGCUGCAGCUGGGAGUUUGGGUUGCAAUAAUUAUUUCAUUGAUUUUUCUCUGCUAAAUUGUGUGGUUUGACUUUACUACUGUAUCUCUGUAGCUUUUUAACCUUGGGUUCCAAGUGACUGAACUUAACCAGAAACCAAAUUUUAAAACAAACCUAAAAUAAAACAAAGAACUUAAAAUGCUGGAGAUCUGAAACGAAUAAAAAAAAGAAGGAAUUGCUGGAGAAACUCAGCAGGUCUGGCAGUAUCUAUGGAAAGAGAAAGCAGAAUUUAAUGUUUUGAUUCCAGUGUUAAACUUUCUUCAAAACUCUUCUUCAAACAAAACCUACAUACUUAUCUCAUCUUGUCAUAACAAAUCCACUGAAUCCAGUCUAAAUCCUCUCGCUGCUGUGUUUGUCCCUCAUACAGCCCAUUAGACAUAAAAUGAAUGUAAUGAAAAAACAAUGAAAUUUUCUGGAAGACAAAAAAAAACUGAAGACAAAAUCCAGAGCCUUGAAAGCACACCUUUCAGUCAUGGAAACCUGUCCAGUGAAUCUCAGACCUCAUGUACGUUACCUGCCUUACCUUCUCUGUGAUACAAUUCAUAGAUAGGAGCAGGAAUAGGCCAUUCAAUACGAUCAUCACUGAGCUCACUACACUAACACCAGCCUCAACCACCGACUCAUUAUCCCUUGAUCCCUUUAGCCACAAUUUCUGAUGCUCAGACUUGCUUUUUUUCAGAAGAGUGUAGUAUCACCCAAAUACACACACCCUCAGAGGCACUCUCACAUACUGGCGCACUCUCUCUUACACACACCCCACACCCCAUACCCCACAGAGCACAAGUACAGACAUGCACACAUAUGCAUGCUCACACUUAGUAUAUGUGCAGUAAACACAAUGGAAAUUUUACAUUCAUGACAACAAAGCUCUCCCUGAAAAUGAUGGAUGGUUUUCCAUCUCCUUGAAAGAUGUGCUUGAUUAUUGCCACAUCCCGCUGUUUUCCUGUAGGCCUGCAGCUCUCUCAUUUUCAAAUGUAACAUUUCCAAUUGAAAGUUGCUAUUGAAUUCGCUUCUGCAACUCUCUCAAGAGUAUUCCAGAUCAUGGUAACUGUGUAAAACCUAUUCUCCUUCUCGCAGCUUCUUUUGCUAAUGAAAUCUGUGUCUUGCAGUUACUGACCUACCUGCCAGUAGAUACUGACUUUUCCUAUUUACUCUUUCGGAACCACUCAUUGCUCUGCCUCUUUCUUGAAACAGCCUUCUCUUCUGUAACUAAUUGGAAGUUGAUAAUGUGUGGCUUUGUUGUAUAAUUUGUAGGGGAUGGGUGAGUCUGGGGAUUUAGUGAUUUGGUUAGUUAGGUACUAGCCUUUAUGGGGAUCUAUGUUGAGACCAGUGGGAUGGUUUGAAAUAAAGUCAUUCUAGCCUCAAUGACCCACAGCUAAAAAACUGUUCCUAGUUUAGCACUAGAGAGGGAAAUUAAUACACACCACACUGGUACAGUGAAGGUGAUAUGUUACUGUGUGGGAGGGGUCUACACUGCAUCAGAUAGUACUGUACCUGACCAGAGGAUCUUGAUGCUAAAGGCACAUGAUUCACCCUUCACCUAGAUCAAUACAAAAUUAACAAAAUGAAUUAAGUGUUAUUGACUCAAAUGGGUUAUCAAAACCACCAGUGUGAAGUACUGUACAGGACAGGCUCAAAGUUGUCUUAACAGUGUGAAAUACCAUACAGGACUAACUUCUUGAGAUUGUCCAGAGCUUAACAUAGUGCAGCUCAUCAGUGUGUCUCAACUCUAAAUAAGGCAUCAUAUAUAUUUUAAAAAGUAUUAAAGUAGCAAUCACUUUAUUUAAUUCAUUGGAUGUGCUGAGGUGUCAGCUGUGGUCAUAUCCAGUUUUGCAAGAGGAAGGGAUGGUGGAAAAUGCACAUUUAGGUAGGGAAAGUUCUCGAAAAUAUCAUACCUUUUGUUUUUAAAGUAGUGUUAGGUAAUUGGUUUGCUACUGAAACCAGAUAGCCUUUUUAGCCCUUAAAGGCAGCUCUCUGCUUUUCUUUUGCCAUUAAUAGGUUUGCAUAAACAGAAGGCAGUUGUCAGUGUAGUUACCCUGGCUACCUGUGCCCUCAGACUUCCUUCUCUUAAUGAGAUAAUACCAAUGCUAGUGGGCACAGUGUAGGGUCCAUAGUGGAGACCAGCUUCAGUGUAUAUCAUCUGGUUUCUACUUGAUCUUUUCAAUGUUGGGGUCUGUGUUUAAUCAGAAUAUGAAUUAUAUAGUUGCCAACUACAGGUCAGUGUCACCAAUUCCUGUAUUAGAUGUUGCUCAUCUGAACAGUGUGGAUAAAAAGAAAUUGGCGUUUAAAGUGAUCACACAUGAUAAGGUGUAGUCAGAAGUACUAGGGAUGGGGAGGAAAAAUUGGUACAGUUGAAAAUUACUCUCCAGUGAAUACCUCCCAGCCCAAUAUUCAGUAUUGAGGGUUUGAUUGUAAUGAUUCAAGUUACCAUUGGACGGUUUAGGCUGAAGUCAAGCGCUGUAACAACAUUAUUAUGGAGAUAAGACUGUCCACAUCCUGCUAAUAUCAUUUUAUCAUUAGUGCCAGCAAUGCCUUGGGUAUUCCAUUGUCAAAUAUACUCUGUCUCAAUAGCAUGUUCCUUGAUGGAUUCCUGUUUUAAUUCUGGUUUCUAAAAGAAUGAAUGGUCCCAUUAAGAAAAUUCUCCAGUCAGUAAAUCCUGCCUCGUCUCUCCACCACUCCUGAUUUUUUUUAAAGACCCUUCCUCAAACUGUUCUGGAGUGUUUUGAAAAUCCAAUUAAAAGCCAAGGAAUUUGAGAUUGUUGUCCUAGUCAGCAGUCGGAUCAUUUUAGUUUUAUGAUUUUAAAGGAAAAUUUACAGUUGGGACACUUUAAAACUGAGAAAAGGACCAAAAUAACACAGCCUUGUACCAUUGAUAAGACUUCACUCAAUUCAUUCAAGCUUGCAAAAGGCUGUCCUCUCCCAGCCUUCACCAGGUACCUUGUGGCUCCCUUGACAGGAUCAGCUGUUCAGUACCUCAGCUCAGUAGUGAUUCUUACACAUGAAUGUAAAGAGGAACAUACAAAUUAGGAGGAAGAGUAGGCCAUUCAGCCCCUCGAUCCAUCGUUUGAUAAGAUCACGACCGAUCUGACUGUGUCCUCAAUUCUGUUUUCCUGCUGACCUGAAUAUGCUUAGAUUCCCUUAUUAAUCAAGAAUCUAUCUACCUCUGCCUUAGACAAUAUCCACCGACCCUGCCUCCACUGAUUUCUGGGAUAGAGAGUUCCACAGACUCUCAAAUUUCUGCGAGAAAUUUAAGACAUCUCAGUCUUAAAUAGGAGAUUCCUUAUUUUUAAAACAUGGCCUUUUUUUGUGGUCUGUCACACAAUGAGAAACAUCCUUUCAGAAUGUACUCUGUAAAGUGGCCUCACAAUUUUCUAUGUUUCGGUAAGAUCGUCUCUCAUUUGUCCAAACUCGGGCCUAUCCCAUCCAACCUUUCAUUAUAAGAUCGCCCAGUGUAUCUUCAUGUGUCAGCUUAGAUAAUGUGCAGUUCUGUCUGUUUAACUAUGGGGUGCAUCACUGCCAAAUUAAAUGCUGGCCUUAGCUGACCCUGCCAUCGAGUAGUUCCCUGUUAGCGAUGAGGGACAGGCACAUGGCUUUCCCGUUAGACUGAAAGAACAUAAGAAAUACAAGUUGACUAUUCGGCCCCCAAGCCUGUACUACCAUUCAUUAAGAUCGUGGCUCAUCUUAAAUUGCGCUGCCACUUUCCUGUCUGAUCUCCAUAUCCCCUAGAGCCCAAAAGACCUGUUGAUAUCAUUCCUGCCUUCUGGGAUAGAAAAUUCCAAAGAUUCACAAUCUGAGUGAAGAAAUUUCUCUUUAUCCCAGUUUAAUGAUCAACAUCUCAUCCUGUGACAUUGCCCUGAUUUCUAGAUCCUCCAGCCAGUGGAAAGCAUCUCUCCUAUCUCCCUGACAAACCCCUGCAUUCCUCCUAAUGCCAGUCGAUAUCCUAACCCUAACCCAUUCUGCUCAACCUCUUUGCAUAAGACAACCCUGUCAUUCUAGGACUUCAUCUAAUGAAACUUGGAUGUUCUAAGGCGCAUUUAUCUGUCCUUGGAUUGGGUGAGCAAAACUACACCCAGUACUCCAACAAUGACAGCAAGAAACAAAAUCAUAAGUUGCUGGCAAAGUUCAGCAGGUCUGCCAGCAUCUGUGGAGAGAAAUCAGAGUUAAUGUUUCGGGUCGAGUGACCCUCCCUCAGAAUUACAGCAAGACUCCUUCACCGUUUAUUCCAGCCUCUGUCGCUGAAGGCCAACAUCUCACCUCUUGCCUUGCAGUUGCUGGCUGUACCUGCAUGCUAGCUUUCUAUGUUACUCCUACAAGAACGCCCAGUCCAAUCCUAUUUCAUGGAGUUGCUGUGGCCAGCUGUUGUAUGGAACGUAAAGCCACAUCUUCCCAAACAAAAGGGAAUAAGAAUGUGUCUGAUUUAUUUGGUCACUAUUAACCAUUGGCUGAUUGUGGGAAACGGAAGUCCCUUUAUAUGUUUUAGAUAAGACCCAUUGGGUUUGCAAGUUUUUCAGAAAAGUGAUAGAACUAUGGAACUGAACAAAAGAAAUUCUAGAAUUGCGACAGAAAUGGAACCUGGCAUAAUUUGGUCACCACUGGGGAGUUUUACAAUUAACGUUUAAUACCCCUUGUAUUAAGAAAGUGGGGUGGGGCAGGCACAAGGAUUCCAUGUCUUUCAGCUGUUCACUGUAAGCCCAUGUGCAUAUGUGUGUAGACACGUGCAUGUGUUUAUCCACAUGUGUUGGGGAGGAAAGGAUGGCAGCCAUUCCCUGACGUCAGGUCACCUGCUGGUACUCAUUGUCCACACUCAGUCCUGAGGAGAACCCACUUGGGUACCAUGUCAAUCACCUGGAAAACCAAGCAGGAACAUGUUGGGGAGAGGAGUGGGCUGGUGGAAGGGAAGGAAGAGCAGGAUUGAUGUGGAGUGGAGGCUAUCAGACCUUCCUUGUAUGUAUCAGACACUUGGUAUUUCAGCUAUAGAUCUGAAAAGCACAUUUAGAGGGAGCGUGCGAUCUAAAAAUUAAAUCAGCCUGUAAGUGAUUUCUAAUGUCUAUUAGAAUAGCUACUGUGUUUAGAUUCUGUCAGCAGGCUGUAUAACCUUUAUUGACUUUCUGAAGCUUCUAUUUGGUAAAUGUCCAAAACGUGGCUCGGUUGUUAGCACUGCUGCCUCACGGCGCCAGGGACUCUAUUUGAUUCCACCCUCGGGUGAAUGUCUGUGUGGAGUUUGCACAUUCUCCGCCUGUCUGCAUGGGUUUCCUCCCACAGUCCGAAGAUGUGUAGGAUAGGUGGACUGGCCGUGCUAAAUUGCCCAUUGUGCCCCGGGAUAUGCAGGCUGGGUGGGCUAGCCAUGGGAAAUGCAGGGUUACAAGGAUAGGGUAGGGUAGGGAGGUGCAUCUGGGUGAGAUGCUCUUCAGGGGGUCGGUGUGGACUUGUUGAACCUCUUUUGGUAACGUAGGAAUUCUGUGAUUGUUAGAGGAGGGUUCACGUUCAAGACAGGGGACUAUAUGAGGCCAGCUACAAUCGCUGAGACUUGGACCCUGUUCCUUACCUUCUGCUGGUCUGUGUAAGACAUGGAUUCCCUGGUGUGGGGAUUCAGACCCAGUCUGUGCAACCCCCUUCCCUUACCCACAGUACUGCCUCACUGAAACGACAUGGAGAGGUAUCUGUUCAAAUCCCACUUGGACAAGUGGAACAGAAGUUUCUUCCAUCCGCCUAUUAGCAUUUGCAGACCAAAAGUGCACUUAGUUUGAUGACGAGAGCAUACACUCUGGUUGAGGAAAUAUAAUCGGGACUGAAUAUGAGGAGCUUCAUGUAGUCUGUAGCCAGUGUAUCGCAACCUGGGAGUGCUUGGUGCUAACAUCAUAAGAAGAAAGGGGAUUAAAAAUUGGCUAAACAUCCCUCACCUGAAUAAAAUAGCAUUUCUUGUAAAGAAUAGCAGUUGAUGGUUGGAGAGAGAACUGUCAUACAAUCAGAGUUAACUAGCUUGGUUACUGUGUUCAGUUGACUCCCGGUGAUCUGGUUCUCUGGGAUUUUACACAGGUAACAAAGUGAAAGAUUAAAGUUAGACAUAUCACUGAUGAAGGAUGUCUUUACAGAAAAAGACCACAUCAAUUGAUUUAUGAUGAAUACUUGAAAAGAUUAACUAAAUAUCAAUGAUGGACAAAAACAGAAAUUGCUGGAUGAGCUCAGCAGGUCUGGCAGCAUCUGUGGAGAGAAAUCAGAA